AUGAACAUCAACGGAUUGUUCGCUCAUACGCUGACAGACCUCAUUCGAGGAAUUCGCCAGAACAAGAAAAACGAACAGGCUUAUAUUGCAAAGGAGAUUGCUGACAUUCGACUCGAGUUACGACGCAAUGACCCAGACCUCAAGGCGCAAGCCAUUGCCAAACUUACCUAUCUUCAAAUGAUGGGAUACGACAUGUCUUGGGCAUCCUUUCAUGUGGUUGAGGUCAUGUCAUCACCAAAGUUCCUAUACAAGAGCAUAGGAUAUCUUGGAGCGGUUCAAUCAUUUACCCAGGAAACAGAUGUGCUCAUGCUUACGACCAAUCUCAUCAAAAAGGAUCUUGCUUCCUCUAACCCAUGCGAAGUAGGAGUGGCUAUCAAUGGAUUAUCACAUAUCCUUACCCCAGACUUGGCACGCGACCUUUGUGCGGACCUUGUCUCUAUGCUCAACCAUUCUCGCCCGAUCAUCCGUAAAAAAGUCUUGCUAGUACUUUACAAAGUCUUUUUGAAAUAUCCAGAAGGUUUGCGCUUGAGUUUCUCGCGUAUGAAGGAUCGUUUGGAUGACCCUGAUCCAUCUGUCGUAUCUGCUGCUGUCAACGUAAUAUGUGAACUGGCGCGUCGCAAUCCCAAGAAUUAUCUUUCGCUGGCUCCACAGCUCUUCAAGCUACUAACGACAUCCUCAAACAAUUGGAUGCUUAUCAAGAUCAUCAAACUAUUUGCAGCAUUGACACCCUAUGAACCUCGUUUGACAAAAAAGCUUUUACCACCCAUUACGACUCUUAUUCAGACAACACCCGCCAUGUCCUUAUUAUACGAGUGCAUUCAUACAGUCAUUGCAGGUGGUAUGUUAGUCACAAGCGGAUCUGGAAGUAAUGUUGAAAGCGCCAAUACCUUGGCGGCCACCUGUGUCAGCAAGUUACGAACGUUCCUAGAGGAUCCGGAUCAAAAUUUGAAAUAUAUCGGACUAUUGGCAUUGACCAAGAUCCUCCCUACACACCCUCAUCUUGUUGGAGAACACAAGGAUAUUAUUUUGAAAUGCAUUGAUGACCCAGAUAUUUCUAUCCGCAUGAGGACAUUGGAUUUGAUUGUGGGAAUGGCCAACAAGAAAAAUUUGACCGAGAUUGUCAAACGUCUGAUUAAUCACUUGCUCCCAGCGAAUGAUCACAGCCAGGAGAUCUCUGCCAUCAACAAUGCUAAUAACAAUGGCAGUGCUAUGAGUGCAUUGAUGGAUCCUUCCUAUCGUGCUGAUAUCGUACGCAGGAUCGUGCUUAUCUGUUCUCAAAACUCGUAUGCGAACGUGAGCAACUUUGAAUGGUAUCUGGCAGUGCUCUCGGAUUUGACCAAUGUUGCUGGAGUGAAUGUUGGUAAUUUGUUGAUGCAACAGUUCAUGGAUGUCGGAGUUCGUGUCAAGAGCGUGCGGCCGUAUACUGUGCGAUUAAUGGUUCCAUGGUUGACGGGCGAGUAUUGCGCUCUGCUUGAUUCUCCAGAGACAGCAUUGGAGCUCUUGACUCAAAAGUCGACUUGUAAGCUUGAACCACCUAUUCAAGCGACCUAUCUACAGAGUAUACUGAAGAUCUUUGGUUACUGGAUGAAUAGCCUUCAAUACUCAUGGAAUGAGGAAGCCCGACAACAAUUAAUCGAAACUAUCGACUCGCUUCGCAAGGCUGUUAAAGACAUGUUCAGUCGUAGUCCUGAUCUGGAGGUUCAAGAGAGAGCCUCCAACGUGUCUGUGAUUUUGGAAAUCAUCUCUGAACAUGCGCCGCGAACACCACUCAAGGUUGAGAAUUCAGUUUCUUUUGCACCGACAAUGCCCAAACCCCCCGCUAUCCUUGGCUCACUCUAUCCUCUUUUCUUUAAUCUUGAGCUCAACCCUGUUGCACCUAAAGCUCAAAGGAAGGUUCCUGUCCCUGAAGGACUUGAUUUGGAAGCCUGGAUCCAUGAACCUGCUCCAGAACCUGUAUCAGAAUCCUCAGACGAUGAUUUCUUGAAUGAAGCCAGUUCUUCGUACGGAUAUGGAUGGAGUGGCCAAGGAGCGACUCCUGGUAACAGAAAGAAGAAGGGUAAGAAGAACCAGGAUCAGGAGGACUCCAAGGAAAGUGCUGAAGCCAGAGCUAAGAUAAUGGAGCGUGAAGAUGUUGAAUCUUAA